AUGCCCGUGGAACUCCGUAAGCGCAAGGAAGCGCCCCCAGCUCCCGUGCGCCCAGCGAAGAAGAAGGCACCGGCCAAGGCCAAGAAGGCUGAGGACGAGAAGACGGUCGUCGAGAAGGUCCAGGAGACUGUUGCUGAGAAGGUCGAGGCUGUCAAGGAAGCUGUUGUCGGCAAGAGCAACGGCGCCUCUGCAGCCAAGGCUGGCGCGCCCAAAGUCGGUGAUACAAUUGACCUUGCUUCCUUUGGCGGUGAGAUUGAGACAAACGAUGGGGAGAAGACGACACUCGCGAAGCUUGUAGAGGAAAGCAAGGGCGGUGUCGUGCUAUUCACGUACCCCAAGGCCUCGACGCCUGGAUGCACAACACAAGUCUGCCUCUUCCGCGACUCCUACACCCCCCUCACCGCAACCGGCUAUUCCAUCUACGGUCUCUCCUCCGACAGCCCCAAGGCAAACACCACCUUCAAGACUAAGCAGAAGCUGCCGUACACCCUCCUUUGUGAUCCGGCGCAGAGCCUCAUCUCGGCUAUCGGCUUCAAGAAAGCUCCCAAGGGCACCACGCGCGGUGUCUUUGUUGUGAACAAGGAGGGUAAGGUCUUGGCGGCUGAGCCUGGUGGCCCGGCUGCGACGGUCGAAGUGGUGAAGAAGCUGGUGGGCAACAAGGAGGAGGUGCCGAGUAAGAAGCAGGUUGAGGACCAGGAGAUGGCCGAGACGGCAGAUGAGGUCGCCGAUACCGCGGCCAAGGUUGACAGCAAGGAAGCUUAGUGUGGACGCCUUUGCUGAGGGUGUGUGUUAUUUGACCGUGUCUGUGCUUGUGUCUGUGCUUGUGUCUGUGUCGUUAUCACUGUGAAUGGAUUUGGAUUGGGCUUUGGUAAAAAGGGCUGGGCUAGUAGCACAUAUAUAUCAUGUAUCCA